GCAUGCAUUUUUAGCAGUGUUGAUUUUGCUCAAAGUGGAAAUCAAACAAACUGCUUGAGUGCUUCUAGUUCCAAAAAAUUUGAAUAUGAGUAAUAAUGAUCAAAGCCUAGCUCAAGCCAUGAAAGAGGAGUCAGAAGAAAAAGCCAAGGAUGCUGCAGAGGAGACAAAAGUAGAAGAAGGCUUGAAGAAAAAAGAGGACACGGAUCCUGAAACGGGCACAGAAGGUGGGGAUGGUGGUGGCGGCGAUGAUGGCAGUGUAUCGGGUUUCUUGAUGUCGAAGAAAGAGGAGAAGUGGUGCAGGGCUUUGUUGGGGGUGAGGAUUUCUGCUUUUGUUUUGUGUCUGAUUUCUUUCACAGUGAUGGCUGCAGAUAAGGUAGAGGGUGUUGUUAUAGAGUCAAUGGACUUGUUCGGCAACUUUUUUUCCACUGAAGAGCCAUACUCAUUCCGCUGGUAUGAUUACAAAGAAUUCAAAUAUAGCCUCGCAGUAAAUGUGAUUGGGUUUGUGUAUUCUGGGCUGCAAAUAUGUGAUCUGGUGAAGUACUUGAUCACCAAAAAACACACCCUAAACCUCAGGAUAAGGGGUUACUUCAGUGUUGCUAUGGAUCAGGGCUUUGCAUAUCUACUAAUGUCAGCAUCAUCCUCAGCCGCAAGUACAAUCCAUAUUUCCAGAAGCUAUUGGGUUGGUGAAGGUGUACACAAAUUCACAGACAUGGCAAGUGCAUCCAUUGCUUUGUCCUUCCUUGCAUUCCUGGCUUUUGCCUCAGCCUCUAUUGUCUCCGGUUUAAUGCUUAGGUUCAACUAGUUUAUGCAGCUAGGAUAACACUCAUUAGUAUAAUAAGCAAUUUGAAACUUUUGCACCGAUGUAUAGGAUGCAACUAAGUUUCCCUCCCUCUAUCUUGUCUUUUUGUGAUUUCUAGUCUUCUUUCUCUUCUCACAUAUUCAGACAAUUAACAAGUUGUCUUGUUUUAAAUAUCACAAUUCAUGCAGCACACUUGGUCUUUAUGCCUGAGAUGGAUAAUGAAUUAAUCAAUUAAUGAUUGGUGAAAUUUUAUCA